GUGCCAUCAGUGCCAGACCAGUGCCCGGGACGCAGGCUCGCUCGCCCGCCACUGCCGCCGCCACAACCCGACGCGCCCCUUCGGCUGCGGGCUGUGUCCCUCGCGGUUCAACCAGCUGGUGCACCUUCAGAUACACCAGCGGACUCACACCGGCGAGAAGCCCUUCUGCUGCGACGUCUGCGGCGCCAGAUUUAGUCGAAAGGACAGGCUAAGGGCGCACCAGCGAACCCACACGGGCGAGAAGCCCUACACGUGUCCAUACUGCGAUGCCUGCUUCCGCGACACCGCCAGCCUGAAGGCGCACCUGAGAACCCACGCAGGCGAGAAGCCCUACGCGUGCCGGCUGUGCAAAGCUUCCUUUGUCAACCUUACAACAUUUACGAGCCACUGGAGGAUGCACAGGGCCGGCGACGCGCAGUGAGAGGAUUAACCACGACUGUCAUUAUUGUUUGUUUAACACCACAGCUGGUUGUGGAUUAUGGAGCAGAACUCAAAACCGAUGCUACGAGCACUGGAUCUUGUUAGGUAUUUUUAACAGUGCACGAUAAGUGUUCAAUCUUUUAUUAGGUCAGGCAGCGGCCUACAUGCCUGCCUCAGUUCUGUUCUCAGUGCAGCCUGUUUCAACAUGCUCAAUUUUACUUAUUGAAUAUUUUCUGCUGUCAACAUCUAAGGUCAUUAGCGGGGUUAGGUAAAGUUUUUUGGUUUAUGGAUUUCCAGAAUGGCACCGGUCAAAACCAACAAUUGUACCAGGCAUCAAAAGUUACACAGCAUAAUGGUAAGUAUUGUAGAGAAAAGGGUAAAUAUGAGUCAACGCUUUGGAUAAGUGGACAGAAGGGGAUGAGGAAAGGGAAAAGGAAAGAAGAAAAGACCCUGCAAAAUGAGCUGAGGCGAGGGCUGAGGUCCAGGGCCUCAGUCCCCGUCUCCUAAGCCCCAAUGCUAGAAGAAGGGGAUUGGUGUUUGUUACUUUUUAUUAUUGUUUAUUCAUUAAACCUACGUAAUAAGAGCACAAUCUUGAAUCUCUGUAUCUGUAAUUAGUUGUAUUAAGGUGAAAAACAUGAACUUUGAUAAUAUAAAUGACACAUAAUUUUCAUAAUUAUGCUUCUGUUGGGUAAAGAAAGAUACCAAAAGAUUUUUUAUUUUAAUAUUUACUGAUUAGGAGGGUACAAUACCAUUAUCUUCAAGAUUUGGGCAAUAUACAUAACUAUACAAAUACUGGAACUCAAAUGUACAAAAGGUAUUUUUCAGCCAACCAUUCUGUGCAGCAAUAUAUUCAAUACCAUAUAUACUGUACUAUUAUAUACAUUUUUUAUUUAAGGUACAUACACAGUAUGUUGAACAGUAUCCGCUGAUGACAAUAAAUAUUAAAAACCCUCUUCCAUUCACUCAAGCAAAGACUCACUCCAUGCCCCAGUGUCCUCUGAUGUGCACUUGUCCUCCAGCCAUCAACAAACAUUCCCCAGAGGUGUUCACAGAUGUAGAAAGAAAUGCACAUUUUUUUACCAUUUUACCUCCAUUUUCUUUUAUCCCUAAGGAUGCACAUCUGCACAGGCAAAAGAAAACUAAUGACUUGUAAAAUGACAGCAAGGCAAGAACCUGUAUAUGCAUAAUGAAAUGAAACUGUACAUGAUAUACGAAGCUGUUGCCCCUCAUCAGUGGGGAGCAGCGCUUUCCACUUUCUUCAUCACCUGCCUUGGAGUAUGACAAAAAAAUUUAAGGUCAUUAUGUACAACUGCAGAAUAUAUGCACAAGCAUGAGUGCACAUGAUACACACACAAAGAAACACACACAGUUCUGUGCAAAGCCUGGUUUUGCACAAACACACAUUACUAUAGGAACAAUCUGGAUGAUUAGAUAAUGUAGUGAUAUUCCAGACAUUCCAAAAGUAGUCUGCUUUCAUGUGGAUGACUCCCAACAAUGGAAACUUAGAGAACUAUGCCUAAUAAUAACAGUAACAUAGUGAACUUCAUCAUAAUUAAUUUUUCAAUAGAAAAAAUGUCUAUCAAUACCUGAUGUAAUCAAAUGU